GUUAAUUAGUCAUUUUGCAGUCAGACUGAAUGUAAAUGGUUCUAAUUAUGCAUCGCUGUUCCAUAUUCAUAAGAUAUAUUCCAACAAGUUUAAACCCCCAAGGAUGCGGCAGACAGAUUUCAAAUGGGACUUUGACAGAUGUACUGUUUAAUAGCUACGAAGAUUUUCAAUUGCGUCCAUUGAGAGUCGGAGCUUUGUCUUUCGGAAAGCGUUUUGGUGGCUCCGAAGUAUUUUCAUACAUUGAAAACAACAGUAGACAGUUUGUUCGAGAAGAGUUUCUCACAGACCAAGAUGUAAACCAGAAUGCCAUCAGUACUUACUCCGUUGAUUUUGAGUCAAUAUUCAGCAAGGGAUUUGAUGCCAUCCAUGCCUCUAUUGUGGAUGACAGCAGUCAAAAUGAUGAUGUAAAAUUGUUUACAAAAUUCCUGGAUUCGUUAGAUUACCAUGAAGGGUGCCUUCUGAAUUUUUUUUCUAGAGAAUACCCUAACAUAUCAGAACCAGAAAUGUCAGCAGUGUUUGUUACCCACAUUUUAUCACAUUUAGUUCAGGAGAACAAACUUGGCAACACAUGUACUGUUAAAGUCAACUACAAAAAUAAACCUGAGCAAUGCCCUUGUAAUAUAUGUCAAAGAAAAGUGCAUUAUGGGAAGACAACAUUUGGAAAUAGAUAUAUCUGGUAUAGUCGGCCCGACAUCUUUCUAUUCCCAGGAACAGGAGGUCAUUGUCAAAUAUUUGUUAAAAAAAGACGAUCAACUUCUUGCGAGUACGAUCCAAGUCAACUUGAGAGUCUGCUUGAUAAUGACAAGAGUAUCCUCAGACGUGAUUCCGUUGUACAACAAGCUGUCUGUCAGGCCAUUACAUUUGCCUUCUAUCAGAGACGAUACCAAAUAUCCAAAAACUGGAAUAGUGAAGACAUAGUCACAGCAAUCCCUACCAUUGUAUUGAAUCCUUUCGGUUUUGAUGUGUAUAUUUAUGAUCCACAACAUGACGUACUGUUGAGAAAUUUUGAUCAGCCGAUUCCAUUUUGGCGCCAGUCCGAAUCAAAUCCCAAACAGAAAGUGUUAAACAAGUCUUCACUUCUCCAAUUAUGGCUUAUCAUGAAUCAUUUGGUCUUUAAACCACAAUUUACAAAGGAUGGAAUAAUAGCAUUAGGAGGUACGGCAGGGUUUUUGUCACAAGUGGAUCCCGUAAGAAUGCAGAGGUUAGAAGAAAUGAUGAACUUGGGUCUUCCUGCCGAAGCAAAAGAUUUCAAAUUGUCUGAGUUUAAGAGUACAAUUCCUGCCUACCAUAUUUCAUGUAAAGACAAUCAAGAACAAAGGAAUAUUGACAUCAGAAUUCGAAAUUCAGAGAAACCAAUGGAGGAAUACAAACAACAAUAAUAAUACAAAGACUUGCUUCAUACAGGAUGGUAAUCCAUGACGACUGAUUCAGUGCAGCUAUUGAUAGGAAGGGUAAUGAUACCAGCCCAAUACGAAUGAUCAGAAUGUCAACCACUUAUAGUUCAGUCUUUGAGUUGAAAUGAAAUGAAAAAAACGAAAUUCUUGUGUAACACCAUGACAGUUCAACUUUACACGUACAUCACCUAGUUGUUUUAGAUUAACAUUUGAGUAAGAUAUUAUGUUAAAAUCUUUUGAAUGAACUGUUCAAAUGUAGAAUAGCUUUGUAAUCUCUAGAUACAUUUAGUUAUGACAGUCAGGGGUACUACUUGUACAAGUUAUUUUUAAUUACUUGAAGAAGUAAUAUUAAUAUACCUAUAUAAGUAAUUUUGUAGGAUACUUAUACAAGUGAAUUUUAUUUACUUGUGUAGGUAAAAUAAAUAUUGGCAGAGUUAUGUCCCUUUGACAAUCAGAUUUUUUUACUUGUAGAAGUAAAAAAGUCAUCCUUUCUUCUUUUCUUGAAUUCUUAGAAUUUCUUUGCAGAUAUCUUCACUAAUCAUUUAAGUGUAGUUUCAUGGACAAUGAAAAUCCCAUUUGUCUUUUAUCUUUAGAAGACUGCUCAUUUACAAGCCCCCAAGGAGCAAUUUUUGAAGGCCUUGUGAUUGUUGAAAUUAUGAUAUGAAACAUUGAACUGUAAUAAAAAAAAUUUGAGCAAACCUGGGAAAAAUCAUUAAUAGUAUGAAUUUACAUCUCAAAACUUGAGGACUUUUGUGGGAUUGUAAGAAAAAUUUACUUAUACAAGUAAAUUUUUGAGAAAAUUAAGGGGAGAUUAUUAAAACAUCAUUUAUUUACUUAUAGGUGUAUAUAUAUUUUUUUACUUCUUCAAGUAAAUAAAAAUAACUUGUACAAGUAGUACCCCUGACUAUGAUAUUGACUUAUAGUAGAUUUUAUAAUUGAGAGUAGCCUUUAUAUUGCAAUUAUUUAUUAGUUAAGUAAAUUAUGGAAUAAGAGAGUGCAGAGGGACGAUAUAGUUAUCAAAAGUAGUAAUAUGGGAUAGAGAGAAGCUUUUUAAAUGUCCCUCACAUUUGGCAAGUUUUAAUAUUGUGAGAAAGAAUUCCAUAGUAUUAACGGUCAUUUAAACAUUCCAGUAGUGUAGUAGUCAUGUAGAUAGUUGUUGAUCAAUAAAUUACUGACUCAAAUAUAAUAAGGGUAUUCAAAAUAAUGGAGAAAAAAAAUAUAUGACAAAUAAUGUCAAAUAGAAAGGUUGUUGUUACAAAUUUAAUAGAUAUAUCCUAUUGUACGAUUUUAUCCAGAUAUAAAACUAAAGUAUCAUAGUUAGUCAAACGUUAUUUGUUUCAUUGAAUUUUUAUGCUGCACAGUUAUAACACCCAUAUGACAUCCAAGUACCUAAUCAAGUUUUUCUUUCAAAAUUUUCUGAUUUACUUUUUUCAUCAAGUGAUUUUUUAUUGUGAUAAUGUACUGUUUAGUUGUUUUUGAUACAUGUAUAUAUAUUUUAACUUAUAAUGUGUA